GAGCCUCAUGCCUGUGUGGCCGUCGGUUUCUUCAGGUUUGACUGCGAAGUAUUAUAUUUAAAUUAGUUUCGAGAUGGACACUGAUAAAACUACAACCCCCGACGCUGGUGCUGCCAAGGAAUGUAAAGAUGACACAGAUUCUUUCACAAAGGUAAAGUCUAAAAAGACUCAGAAACGAAAACGUGAACAAGAUGGAGUGGACAUGGACACAGAGGAGCCCGUGGCAAGCAAGCGGCCGCAGUUUCCACCGAUUUCAGGCGACAAAUUAAAGGGACCAGAUGAGAUGCGCAAAAUUGCUGUCCCUGCUCACAGAUACACCCCGCUGAAGGAAAACUGGCUGAAGAUCUUCACCCCCAUUGUAGAGAACCUACAGCUUCAAGUUAGAUUCAACCUCAAAACAAGGAAUGUUGAAAUCAAAACAUGCAAAGAAACGCAGGACAUUGGCUCGCUCACAAAAGCAGCAGAUUUUGUAAGAGCGUUUGUUCUCGGCUUCCAGGUUGAAGAUGCAUUAGCUCUCAUCAGAUUAGAUGAGCUUUUCCUAGAAACCUUUGAUGUCACUGACGUCAAACCCCUGAAGGGAGAUCACUUAUCCAGAGCCAUUGGAAGAAUAGCAGGGAAGGGAGGAAAAACCAAAUUCACUAUUGAAAAUGUCACAAAGACUCGCAUUGUGCUUGCAGACACAAAAGUUCACAUAUUAGGGUCUUUCCAGAACAUCAAGAUGGCUCGGACAGCAAUAUGUAACUUAAUCUUGGGAAGUCCGCCUUCAAAGGUCUACGGCAACAUCAGGGUGGUGGCUAGCCGGACUGCGGAGAGAUUCUGAAGUCUUAUUGGUUGUUGUGUGUGUUUAUCCUUUUCCCCCCACUGGCUGGUGGUAUUCCCACUGAUCUGUGUGGAUGUGGAGUGAAGAGUGACACCUCAGGUUCCUCUGUUAUGGUCUCAUUGGACCCAACACAUGAGGCAGAAAUCAUGAUACAUGCAUAAGCAAUAUGCAUUUACCUGUAAGCAUGAGUUUGUGUAAAUAAAUUUCAAUCCUUAGUAACAAAUGAGAUUAAUUUUGUUCCUUAAAUAUCAGGUUUGAAUAGGAACUAAUUAAUACUUCAACAUACUGUAUGCUUCCAAAUAAAGUUUGUGAUUAUGACAGUUCUGUUCUGUCAUUUACAUCCUGAAGGGAAAUGAGGUUUUAAAAAAAGACAGAAAAUCCAUUACUUUCAACAUUUCAAAGUUUAUUUAAAUUUUAUUUAAUUUUCAUACAGUAUCAAGUUUCCAACAGUCCCACAGCAUAAGAUGCAGCAUGCAGAAAAAAGGAAAAAAAAAAAGGUUCUCAAACUUAAAUCUUCUCAUAUCCCCACACGAACUAAAAAGAACCCAAAUCCCUCAGAGAAAAAGUAGCACUUACAAACUAAAGCGCGGUCUGAACUAUACAGAGAACAGAGAGCCAAAACUGCAUUUAACAAAUACUUAUAUACAAAAGAAAGAAAAAAAAACAAAACAUCAAAUUUUCCCCUUUAAGCUGAGUACAGUGUGUGGCAGUUUGAGACAGGAUCAGAUAUGCAACUUUUACUGGAAUAGAAGCAUCUCGCUGACCCGGGUAAAAUACAAAAAGUUACAUGUAGUUCAGUUCAUUUGGAUUACCUCUCAUAAUAUGUGUACAUUUACCAAAGUUUGGCAACAUCCAUAUUGUAUACCAUUAAAUUCUUAAAUAUAUUAACAUCACCAUCCAUGUGUAAACAAGAGGAUUAUUUCAAAAAAAUGAUCUACAUGCACAACAAAAAAUAUAUUUCCAUGUCAUGCAAGCACAGGGAGGCCCAAGCCGUGCAGAGCUUUGGGAUAAAGGACGACAGAGCACUCCAGAUUCACAUCUCUGACUGAAAACUCCUGUUCAAACCAGCAGUCGGCCUCCAAAGCAAAACAAAAAG